AAUGAUGAUUAACGAAUGCAUAAUACAAAAUUGAAAAUACAUGAAAUAGAGUUUUGAUAAUGAUGAUUCUACGUUUUCAUGUAAUCUGACCCACCAACAUCGCGCAGGAAAGGAAAAUACUCAAGAGAGAAACAAACGCGGAAAGGGAAGUUUAAUCAGAAAGCUGCGUAUUUAUCUUUUUUGUAAGAUAUAUUCCGAUAAUACGACUAAUUACUGGAAUUACUGUGAUUUGGUCGCUGAUUCGUUUGAACUUGAUGUUGAUCAAAUCUUUCUGUUAUCUAAUCCUAGUUCAACGGAAAAUGCUCCGUAUUAGAAUCCUGUAGAGCCUAUUUAUAGGUGCCUCAGCCGGCGACUGUCAUCAAUCAUCUUCUCCACAGAAAGUUCUCAAAUUUGAAUUCUUUACUGCUUGGGUUGCUUCUCUUUGUUUUCUUUUUGGUUCCUCAGAUUAUUUGCCUAGAAAAGAAGAGAUGGAAAUUGAUCUUUCUCCAAAGUUGGCCAAGAAGUUGUACGGAGACAAUGGGGGCUCCUACCACGCAUGGUGCCCUUCGGAACUUCCCAUGCUGCGCGAAGGCAACAUAGGAGCGGCCAAGCUUGCUCUUGAGAAAGAUGGGUUUGCGCUCCCUCGCUAUUCUGAUUCUUCCAAGGUCGCCUAUGUUCUUCAAGGGAGCGGCGUUGCCGGAAUUGUCCUCCCAGAAUCCGAAGAGAAGGUUGUUGCCAUCAAGAAGGGCGACGCACUCGCCCUUCCUUUUGGUGUUGUCACCUGGUGGUACAACAAAGAGGACACUGAGCUCGUUGUUCUCUUCUUAGGUGACACUGCAAAAGCCCACAAAUCCGGCGAAUUCACUGAUUUCUUUCUAACGGGCUCCAAUGGCAUCUUCACUGGUUUCUCUACCGAGUUUGUGAGCCGAGCUUGGGACUUGGAUGCAGAUGUUGUCAAGACCCUUGUAGGGAAGCAGCCCGACAGUGGCAUUGUAAAGCUGGAUGGAUCUGUCAAGAUGCCUGAGCCAAAGGAGGGGCACAGAGAUGGCAUGGCAUUGAACUGUGAGGAAGCCCCGUUGGAUGUGGACAUUAAGAAUGGUGGAAGGGUUGUGGUCUUGAACACCAAGAACUUGCCUCUGGUUGGUGAGGUUGGGCUUGGAGCCGAUCUGGUUAGGCUGGAUGGAGGUGCUAUGUGCUCUCCUGGCUUCUCUUGUGACUCUGCGCUCCAAGUGACCUACAUCGUUAGGGGAAGCGGCCGUGUUCAGGUUGUUGGUGUUGAUGGCCGCAGGGUGCUGGAAACUACUAUCAAGGCGGGCAAUUUGUUCAUUGUUCCAAGGUUUUUCGUGGUUUCGAAGUUUGCAGAUGCUUCUGGGAUGGAAUGGUUCUCCAUCAUCACCACUCCCAAUCCCAUAUUCACCCAUUUAGCAGGAAGGACUUCAGCUUGGAAGGCACUGUCCCCUGAAGUGCUGGAGGCAUCCUUCAAUGUGCCGGCUGAUGUAGAGAAGCAAUUCCGCUCCAAGAGGAUGUCUGAUGCCAUCUUCUUUCCUCCACCAAAUUAAGACGAAGGAAAUCACACUUCCAAUUUUCUUGUUUUUCAGUUUCUGUAGAGAUUUCUUUCUGUGUCAUGUUCCUUAUUUUUCAUACUUAGCAGGUCUUUAGGAUUUUAGUACCAAAAAAAAAGGUCUUUUGGAUUUGAGAUGAUGUUUAUAUUUUAUUUAUUAUAGUUUAAUACGAAUUUUUGUAUGGUUUGGUUGCCA